GACAAUCAUUCUAUUCAACCUCCACGAUCAUGGAUUCAGAGAUACCGCUGGUGGUUGACAAUGGUACUGGAUUCGUUAAAGUUGGCUACGCUGGCUCCAACUUUCCUGAACAUGUGUUCCCUUCCAUAGUUGGAAGACCUAUUCUCCGCGCCGAAGAACGCCUGAGUACAACGCAAAUCAAAGAUAUCAUGGUUGGAGACGACGCCGCUGCGAACAGAAAUUACUUGCAAGUCACUCAGCCUAUGGAACAUGGAAUCAUAAGAAACUGGGAAGACAUGAAACAUCUAUGGAACUACACGUUUGAUGAGAAACUUCGUGUUGAUCCAAGAGGCAAGAAGGUGUUAUUGACGGAACCGCCGAUGAAUCCCAGAGCGAAUAGGCAGAAGAUGUGUGAGGUUAUGUUUGAGGAAUAUGGAUUCGGAGGUGUAUACGUGGCAAUUCAGGCCGUACUGACUUUGUACGCUCAAGGUCUAACAACUGGAGUCGUGGUGGACUCUGGUGAUGGUGUGACACAUAUCGUGCCCGUCUACGAUGGUUUCGCGCUCCCACACUUGACCAGGCGGUUAGAUAUUGCUGGAAGAGAUGUGACAAGGUACCUGAUUAAGUUGUUGCUAAUGAGAGGUUACGCAUUCAACCGGACUGCGGACUUUGAGACUGUAAGAGAAAUCAAAGAGAAGUUUUGCUACGUAAGCUAUGAUUUAGAUCUGGACACCAGAUUGUCGGAGGAAACAACGGUGUUAGUGGAAAGCUAUCAGCUUCCCGAUGGUAGAAUGAUAAAGGUCGGCUCAGAGCGUUUCGAAGCACCUGAAUGCAUGUUCCAACCACAUCUGGUCGACAUCGAACAACCUGGUGUUGCAGAAAUGCUUUUCCAAACUAUUCAAUCUGCAGCUGUUGAUGUUCGAGCAGACUUGUAUAAGCACAUCGUUUUGUCCGGAGGAUCAAGCAUGUACCCCGGUUUACCGAGUAGGCUGGAAAAGGAGAUGAAGCAGCUAUAUCUGACGAGAGUUUUGAACGGGGAUCCGGAGAGAUUGAACAAAUUCAAGAUAAAAAUUGAGGAUCCUCCUCGACGGAAGCAUAUGGUUUUCCUCGGUGGUGCGGUACUUGCAGACAUUAUGAAGAAUAGGCAGGAAUUUUGGGUUACAAGGGAGGAGUGGUACGAAAAAGGCGUCGCGGCAUUAGACAAGCUAGGAAGAGGGGGAAAUUAGAACUUGUAGUGAAUAACGCAGGCAGAACUGUAGAAUGUUGGACGUGAAUGGAAUACUGUUAUUUUCAU